AUGGUCAGUUCUAGAGUAGGCCCACUCGACUCCCGAUUGCCGGUGGCAUACUGUCACUGCCAAUCACAUCAUCCCAGUUCCCCACUAAUCUAAUCAGUUGCCAUCGCCUGCAGAACAGUUUGCUUCCGCAGUUUUCAGUUCACUCUUGAAUACCGUCUCAUUUCCUCGCUCAUCUGUUCUUCGUUUUGCCCCGUUUAUCCAGUUUUCCCCUUCCAUGUUCAAAAAUAUUCCCCUUCGUAUCCAUUUUUUGGCGCCUCUCUUUCUUUUUCUCUGUUCUUGCGCAAUCAUCAUCCGCCGACCGUAUCCAUUUUGUUUCUCUGCGACUCUCGAAAGAGAGAGAGAGAGAGAAGCCAUCCGAAAUGUAAAUACAAUGUGCAUAAGUUCACACAUUUCUAAAGAACGAAACACGAAGAAAUAUUGAGAACAGGGCGGGGUUACGGUAGGAGCGGCAGAAAAAGAGACAGUCCUGGUGUGCCGUUCUCUCCAAGUCAGAAGCCUUCCUCAGCCCCUCUUGCUCUUUGCCCUCUUUUUCAGCACUUGCCCUUCCUUCCUCGGCUCCUCUCCCAUUUCGUCCAUUCUCUUGACCAUUGCCAUUGAUACCUGCUGCUCGUCCACUUCGCAGAGAGCAUCAGCGCAAACACAAAUAGUUGUUUUUGUUGGUAUCCGGUUGCCUUCGCCCCCGUCUCACUUCUUCAAUCUGUUGACAUUUCCACUUUGGUCAUUCGCACUCGAAACAUGCGCAGAGUCGCCCAUUCGCACCUCUCAGUUUCAGUUCUUCUCCAUGCUUUUGCCAUGGAUCCUCACUUUAGCAGCUGCCAUACCCGCCACGUUAGGCAAUAGGAAUCGGAUCGGGAACGACGAGGUUCUCGUGAUUUCGGACAGCACGGAUGCACUCAGUCCGGCGGAUUUCGAGACGGCGGAUAAGUUGACACGAGGUUUGUGAAUGAUUGGAACGGAAUGAAGUGGAUUAAAUCUUUCGAACUUCAGAAGAACUUUUCGGUAAACACAUUCCGGUGGAGGUUGUGAACGACUACAAAUCCGACAUUAGGUUACCCAGGAGGCACAAAGUGAGCUAAUUAAUCUGUUUAUCUUUUCCACUUUCAAAGAUUUCCAGAGGAACGGAGUGUCUCGAGCAGCCAAACUGUGGCCGAAUGCUAGAAUUCCGUACGCCAUUUCUCCGCAUUACUCUCCGCACGAAAGAGCGCUUUUGGCGAAAGCAGUCAAACAAGUGAGCACAUCUGAAUCAAAAACUCAACGAGAAAGUGUAAUUGCAGUACCACGAGAAGACGUGCAUUCGAUUCGUGCCGAGACAAGCCGGUGAGCCAGACUACCUAUUCAUCGGAAAAGUUGAUGGGUGAGAGUUAACCUCAGAACGGUGUGUUCCAAUUUCAUUUCAGAUGUUUUUCGGAAGUCGGCAGGACAUCCGGAGUUCAAGUGUUAUCCUUGGACAAUGGGUGCAUGGAGUAUGCGACUAUUAUCCACGAAAUGAUGCACGUGGUCGGAUUCUACCACGAACACGGUAAGAUUCUAUUCUUGUGAACACUAUGAUAACUCCAGUUAUGUUAAGAGCGUUGGGAUCGUGAUAAUUUCAUUGAUAUCAUCUGGCAGAAUAUUGACCGCGGAGCCCUGGAUCAGUUCGGAAAAGUGGAUCUGUCGAAGACGUCGUACUACGGGCAACCGUACGACUACAAGUCCAUCCUGCACUACGACAGUCUCGCCUUCUCCAAGAACGGUUUUCCGACUAUGCUCCCAAAAGUUAAAUGUGUGUAGAUUUGCAUCCAUUUUGCUGUAAAUCAGUGCACAUUUUGCAGCUGCAACCAUCGGAAAUGCUCGUGACUUCUCGGAUGUGGACGUUUCCAAAAUUAACCGAAUGUACAAUUGUCCGGUCGAAAAGAGUGUGACUGCUCCGUUCGCCAGAGCCAGGGUUUGAAGCUUUCCAGUCUCUAAGCCAUUCCUCCAUCAAUCUUCCAGCACGUCCCCAUCUAUUCGCCGCAGUACCAUAAGUACGAGGACCGUCCGAAGAUCCCGCUCCGAUCGUUCGACACUCAACCGUCUCCGAUCUUGCCUCCGAUGGCUCAGCUGCCUUCGCAGAACCUCGUGGUUUCCAGCAGUUCAGGCCAUGUCAGCUACAACACCAACAAACCUUCUCGUAAGUUUUCAGUGUUUGUGAACCGGAAUAAGUCGGCUUUCAGAGUGCGAGGACCGUAUCACAGUGUGCUGGUGGACGGCGGACAGAUGUCGUUCCCCGGCCAUCUACCAGGUCAUGUCCUCCCUCUGCCCGAAGACGUGCAAGUUCUGUUAG